AACAAUUAAAGCUAAGCUUAGUGCAAAAAUCGAGAUGCUAUGCAGCCGUUCUGGCGCGGGACUCGGAGGAAUUCUCAUCUUGUUGCAUCUCCAUCACUCGGUCAGACCAGUGUGUUCUUCUUCACCUUCUUCAAUCUCUCUCCUCCGCUGCUCCAAUCCAUUCGUUCCUAGCCUACUCGCCUUUGCUCCGGCCACUUGCCGCCGUAGAUUCCGUGUUUCCGCCGCAUCUUCGUCAACAUCAGCCAUGUCGAUCUCCAAGGAACCUCCUAGGGCAAAGAAGAUCAGUCACGAAAUGGAAAUGUUUGGAGACACAAGAGUCGAUAACUACUACUGGCUCCGUGACGAUUCUCGCACCGAUCCAGAAGUUUUAUCGUAUCUACAAGAAGAGAAUCUCUACACUGAAUUCGUCAUGUCUGGAACUAAAGAACUACAAUCUCAGAUCUAUUCUGAGAUAAGAGGACGUAUAAAAGAGGAUGAAAUCUCAGCUCCUAAACGAAAAGGUUCAUAUUAUUACUACGUGAGGAAUUUGGAAGGAAAAGAAUAUGUUCAGUAUUGCCGACGGAGUGUGCAAGACAGUGAGGCUCCUCUAUCUGUUCAUGAUGUUAUGCCAUUGGGACCAGAUGCUCCUCGUGAGCAUGUUAUAAUUGAUGAGAAUGUGAAGGCUGAGGGACAUGCAUACUACAGCAUUGGUGCUUUUAAGGUUAGUCCAAAUAAUAAGUUAGUUGCCUAUGCGGAAGAUACUAAAGGAGAUGAAAUAUAUACUGUUUACGUUAUUGAUGCUGAAACUGGGAACACCGUUGGGGAGCGUCUUGUUGGUGUAACAUCUGAUGUUGAAUGGGCUGGCGAUGAAACAUUACUAUAUGUAACAAUGGAUUCUACCCUCAGGCCAGAUAAGGUCUGGUUACAUAAACUAGAGUCGGCACAAGCAAAUGAUUUAUGCCUUUAUGAUGAAAAGGAUGACAUGUUCUCUGUCCAGAUUGAGACUUCAGACAGCAAGAAAUAUGUUUUUGUUUCAUCUGAAAGUAAAAUAACAAGGUUCGUUUUCUAUGUUGAUGUAACAUGCCCCGAUAAAGGGCUUAUACCUUUGACAACUCGACAAGUUGGGAUUGACACGUCAGUCAGCCAUCGUGGGGAUCACUUUUUCAUUUUGAGGAGAAGUGAUGAAUGUUUCAAUUCAGAGCUAUUAAUCUGUCCAUUGGACAAUGUAUCAGCCACCAAAGUUCUACUCCCUCACAGGGAUAGUGUGAAGAUUCAGGAUGUACAACUUUUUGUCAACCACCUUGUUUUAUAUGAACGUGAAAAUGGUCUUCAGAAAAUAACUGUAUAUGACCUUCCACCAAUUGGAGAACCACUUGAAAGGAUUCAGGCUGGUCGGGCUGUUGACUUUGAGGAUGCUGUAUAUUCGUUAGGGACAUCAGAAUCACAGUUUCCUUCUAGCAUUCUGCGAUUCUCUUACAGUUCAAUGAGAACUCCAUCAUCUGUUUACGAUUAUGAUAUGAACUCAGGGGUGUCCGUGCUGAAGAAGAUAGAAACGGUGCUGGGAGGUUUUGACAGUUCAAACUAUGUAACAGAAAGGCAAUGGGCCAAGGCACAUGAUGGUACUUCAAUUCCUCUAUCGAUUGUGUACAACAAGAAUCUUGUGAAGCGUGAUGGAUCUGAUCCAUUGUUACUUUAUGGUUAUGGUUCCUAUGAGAUCUCGAUUGACCCGAGUUUCAAGGCAUCAAGACUAUCUUUGUUAGACCGUGGUUUCAUUUAUGUUAUUGCCCAUAUCCGUGGGGGUGGAGAAAUGGGUAGAGAGUGGUAUGAAAAUGGGAAACUUUUGAAGAAAAAAAACACUUUCACCGACUUUAUUGCUUGUGCUGAAUAUUUGGUUGAAAAUAAAUAUGGUUCAAAAGAAAAAGUUUGCAUUGAUGGAAGAAGUGCUGGUGGACUUCUAAUUGGUGCCGUUCUUAACAUGAGGCCUGAUCUCUUUACGGCUGCUGUAGCUGGUGUUCCUUUUGUUGACGUUCUCACAACAAUGCUUGAUCCAUCUAUUCCUCUUACAACAUCAGAAUGGGAGGAAUGGGGUGAUCCUCGUAAAGAAGAGUUUUACCAUUAUAUGAAGUCCUAUUCUCCAGUUGAUAAUGUUGCAGCAAGAUCUUAUCCUGCCAUACUUGUUACUGCUGGUUUACACGAUCCCCGAGUUAUGUACUCAGAGCCUGCUAAAUUUGUGGCGAAAUUAAGAGAAAUGAAGACGGAUGAUAAUAUGCUCUUGUUCAAAUGCGAAACUGGUGCUGGCCAUUUUUCAAAAUCUGGAAGGUUUGAGAAACUUGAAGAAGAAUCAUUCAUCCUUUCUUUCAUACUUAAGGCUUUAGGCAUGGUUCCUCCUCCGCUCAUCAGCUCCGAGUGAACCGAAGUGAGGUGAGGGUGUUAAUUUCUCUCUCGUUUUGUUUUAACAAACAACCUACUACUACUACUAUAAAACUUGUUGACAUUUUUCAAUCAAUCAAUCCUACUAUAAAGCUUGUUGACAAAAA